ACCAUUAGUAUGACCAAACCGCCCCUUUCUAUCGCAUCAAAAAUCCUAGAAGAGCGGCAGCGUCUUCCAAUUUGGCCCCAUCGUGAUGAGUUGGUAAAAACCGUCAAAAGUAGCGACAAUUGUGUCAUCGUCAGUUCGACAGGCACGGGAAAAACUACACAGUUGCCUCAAUUUCUUUUAGAAGCUGGACUUGCCUCACCAGGAAUGAUUGCCAUCACCCAGCCGCGUCGAUUAGCCGCAAUCUCAGUUGCUCAACGGGUUGCCGAGGAACUGGGUCAAGGUGCAGUGGGUGUGGGUCCAGUGGGUUAUUGUGUACGCUUCGAAGACGUAACCUCUCCCAACCGGACACUGUUGCGUUACAUGACAGACGGCAUGCUUCUACGCGAGGCCUGCCUCGAUCCCAAGCUCUCCCGCUACUCAAUUGUCAUCGUCGACGAGGCUCACGAACGGAGUCUCAACACCGAAAUCCUUCUUGGCGUUCUUCUCAACGCCAGUCAUAGUAGAUCCGCCUCCUCGCAUCCUCUUAAAAUCGUCAUCAUGUCGGCCACUAUCGAUCCAAAGCGCUUCGUGGACUUCCUUGGUUCAUCGAAGACUCGAGUUGUCUACGUUGAAGGUCGAAGAUUUCCCAUCAAAAUCCUGAAUUCCACAAAGCCCUCCGUUGACUAUGUGUCUGAUGCUGCUUCAACAUGCAUCCAGAUGCAUCGUUUGCCCACAUGCCUCCCGGAGCGUGGUUUCCUGAUUUUCCUUACGGGUGAGGACGAGAUCACCCGUUGCGUCAAUCUCAUUCGACAUCUCUACAAGUCUCUUCUUGAUUCGACCAACAAAGACAUCGCGCAGCACUCACAAUCUAAAUUGCCAAAACUUUCCGUCUUUCCACUUUUUGCCUCCCUGCCACAGGCACAGCAGCUCAAAGCACUCAGCUUUAGCAAACCGGGCACUCGUAAGGUUAUCGUGAGUACAAAUAUUGCCGAGACCUCUCUUACCAUCCCUGGCAUUCGAUACGUCAUUGAUUGUGGACGAGCCAAAAUACUCGACUGGAACAGCACCACCGGUUUGGAGCGUCUUCGCGUGGCGUGGGUGAGCAAAUCCCAGGCCUGGCAGCGCGCCGGCAGAGCUGGUCGUGAAGCCGCCGGGGUCUGCCUGCGCCUCUACACUGACGCCGAGUACGAGCGCCAAAUGCCCCUCCAUCCAUCCUCCCAACUCGCGUCAGCUCCACUCUCCGGUGUCCUCCUUAACCUUCUUGCUAUGGGCGUUCAGGACGCCAGAUCCUUCCCCUGGCUAGAGCCGCCCAAACCGGAGGCGAUUGAUGCCGGCCUCGAACUCCUUCAUCGUCUUGGAGCCGUUACUGUCGACCCAGAGCGCCCCAAGUCCUCUCAGAUUUGCAAUGGCUCCGUGUCCCCCAACUCCGUACCUCGGCCUGUUGAACUCACAAAACUCGGUCGUCUCCUGACAGCCUUCCCAUUGGAGCCGCGUCUGGCCCGGGCGUUGUAUUCGGCUGCGCACCUGCACUGCCUUGUUGAAGCCGUGACCGCUGUCAGCAUGCUCUACGUCGCCCCCGUAUUCUAUGUGCCGCAGGAGAACAGGGAAGAAUUCGCCGAGAUUUCUGCGCGGUUUCGCCAUGCAGACGGUGAUUUGGCCAGCCAAGUUCUUGUCUACCGCGCCUACGUUAAGGCGUUGGAGAAUCCUACUAAUCUCCGUGGACCACACAACUCAACCCGCCCCACACGCAGCCAGUGGUGUCGAGAGAACUUUCUCAACCACGCCCGAAUGCGAACAGCGGUGAAGGUGCGGGCCCAGCUUCGAUCCAUCGUCAUGGCGAGCGGUUUGGGCGUGUUCCACACCUGCGGUACAGACGACUUCUCCCCCCUCACAAAGGCUUUCUUUGAGGUCGCUUAUCGAGACCAGGUGAAUUCAUUGGUUCCAAUGCAUAGUCUUGUAGCGACUCUUCUCUCUCACCACACCAAAAAGUCAGUUGGUGAGACGCCCUCCAGAGACAACUUCCCCUACUAUACGCGCCUUGGUGACACUGCCGCAGCCCCAGAUCUUCUUACCAUACACCCAGAUUCCUGUGUUUAUCCCCUGGCUGUUGUCGCCCGAAGCCCGCCUUCAGCAGUGCUCUUCCUGGAAGCCGUCGACUCAAAUAACGAGAGUUCCACAGACAGUCAACAGCGUGUCCUGCUUCGGCACGUUUGUCCGAUCCCGACUACUUGGUUAGGGGAGGCGGAGGCACAGCUGACGAUGCGAACCUCUUUAAAGAGGGCGAGGUCAGACGUGGUGUCGUCUGAAAGCCCGUCAAAGGCGCCAAAGUUUGAAGAUGAUGGAUCUCCUGACCCCCCACGUGGUCUUUCAGCUGCCGUACGGAGAAAACGAAUGAAGAAAUUAAAGAACAAGCAGAAAAGGCUUCUUGAGAAACAACGACGAGACUGUGAAGGCGGUGCACCAGAUGGACAUGUAGAGUAG